UCACGAUUUGAAUCCUUGCCGUUUCCCCGCCCGACACGGAGCCCCGCUUCCCCUUGGGACGAUGACCUCCAAGUCUCCUUCGGCCCCGUCGGCCUCCAAUCCAAGGAAGAGGAACAGCAGAUCCGAUCCAUCCCGCACCAGAAAUCCUCGAGAAUCCGGCCGCAAUCCCCCCAAGAGAUCCCCUUUCGCCGACUUCGGAAGGCAUCCGCAUCCCCUUUUUAUCCUCCGCGUCCUUCCCUUUCCCUGCCUUCCCUCUCUUCUCAUCGUUCCCCGUUUGAUUUCCCUCGCAGCUACAUGGCGAUCAAGAAUCGAAAGCUUCGUGAACAGUUCGACGCCGGCGCCUCCUCCUCUGGGAAAGGAAUAUUUAGCGAGAUUUCAAUCUUCGUUGACGGAUUCACGGUGCCUCCCAGUCAGGAGCUCCGGGUUUUUAUGCUGAGGCAUGGUGGCCGGUACGAGAAUUACUUCUCCAGGCGAUCUGUGACUCAUAUCAUUUGCAGCCAUCUGCCCGACAACAAAAUGAGGAACUUCAGGGCAUUCAGCCGAGGGCUUCCAGUCGUCAGACCUGCCUGGGUGGUAGACUCCGUUGCUGCCAAUAAGCUUUUGAGCUGGGUCCCCUAUCAGUUGAAUGAGCUUGAGAAUGGGACAUAUAAACAACAAAAAUUGUCUUCUUUCUUUGCCCCUAAGUGCACCUCAAGUCCGAAGAUCGCGAAUACUGAGAGCCACAUAACUCCCCUUGUAAGAUCUGCAAGUGGAUUAUUGUUGCACAAGGAUGAAAAGAUGAAGCAAUUGUUGUUAGAUGAGGAAGAAAAAUGUUCAAAAUUUAGAGAACAAUCUAUGUAUGUUGGCGACGAUAAGUUUUUCAAGGUGGAAUAUGCAGAAUUAAAAUUUGGCAAAAUGAAAGAUGAGCAUAAUAUAACAGGGGCUUAUCCUAGUAGUUCUUGUAGGAACAACAGAACGUUGGAGGAAUCAUUAGAUCCACUAAACUUUGGACAUUGCAACCAGCAAGAAGAGAAUCUUGGAGCUCAUCAUUGUCUAGAAGAUUAUGCCAAGGGUGCUAUGGAGAGCGACAUUCACCAAAUUCAGUUGUCUACAAUCUCUCAUCCAAGGCAUGAUGAUUUGCACAUUAAUACAUGUGCUGACAACCAUCCGGAUAUAGUACCUCAGUCUUUAAGUCAAUUAGAUUUUUCAGUACUGCAUGAGUUACCUGAAGAACUGAAGAUUGGUAUUCUUGAAGCACUUCCUCCACACAGAGCAGCUAGUUUUCCUGGCAAUGGUUCUGGCAGUACCAGGAAGAAAUUUCCUUGUGACAUAAAAGAUGAGAAUUCUGAAAAACUUGAUAUAUUUUUGUGGGAAGGAACUCCUCCAAGUUGGGUUGAGAAGUUCCAACAUAGCAGUUGCCUUUUGUUGAACAUUAUCGCAACUCAAUAUUCUAGAUCUGAUAUGAAUGGUCUUCUAUCGCUGACUCUUCAGUCCUUCAGUCAUAUUUUGUCUACUUUUACUGAUUUAAGUGCAAUGGAAUCAGAUGAAUUAAUUUCCAGUUUGUUUGACCUGUUUAAGCAAUAUAUUGAACUGAAGGUCAAAUCAGAUAUUGAGGAGCUGUAUGUUUGUUUUCGGAUAUUAAGAAGGUUUGCAACAGAUAUUAAGUUUCUGCAGCAAGUGUAUGACCUAAUUCUUCCCUUUCUUCAGGCUUCUAUUAGUGAGAACUAUGGGGGAAUUCUUAAUCUUCCUAUUGCCAAAGAAUAGGCCUUCAAAUUUGAAGAUCAUUUUCUAUAGAUUCGUCUAUUUCAUAUCUUCAAUUCAGUGUAUUCACUUGCAUGAACUGUCAUUGGUGUCAACCGAUAUCACCAACCCAUGCCAUCGAGGAAGAAACGAGGUCGACCCAAACAUCAGCUUCGAUCGGCUGCUUCCAUUAUCACGUCAAGCUAUGUCGUCUUCUAAGUUGGAUUUAGAGGAGUUCUCCAAACUUGGACGGCUCGAAGGAGGACUUCGGAAGCAGCAGUUGUGCUCGGCAUGAAGAGCUCAUCUCGGCACUCGUGUCAUCUGAUGGGUAAAUAUUACACUGCCCGAACCACAAGAUGGCACCAUCUCGAUUGGGUCUUCGUUGCGCGUCCGCCCGAGGUGAACUCCCUCCCCACAUGGGAGAAACCAGAGUGGGCGGCGAAGAAGGCAAGACUCGCGGUGCUCGAGAUCCCCACACGACGAGGCCGGAGACAUGCGUGCACUGUCCAUGGAGAAGAGACGACAGCAGAUGCGGCGCACCAAAGCUUGUCGUCCUCCGUUCCUUUCAAAGGUGUGCACGAAUUUCGAAGCCCUCCAUCUCAUUAGCGGGUUGUCCACUAAUGUGUUAAAGAGUCAAUACAAUAUAGUUUGCUGUUCCUCUAAUCCAUUGUUUUUCCUCACACCAGAAGUAAUCUUUGGUGUCGAGGCAUCACCGAGGUUGAUGAGAACCUUCCGUGUCGUGUCAUAACAUUCAUGGACAUUGAUUGAUUCACACAGGUGACGACAAGUUAUGCCUUUGUUAUCUCAUCAAAAAUAUCCUUUUUGUCUUUUAUAGAUUAGUCAGUCGGAGGUAAAACCCCGGUGAUCUCCCAAAGAACAAUCUAUUAUCCUCGUGAUCCUUGCGUAACAAUGAGGCACUUGCAGCGGAAGUUGCCAUUCCAAAUCAAGUGUGUAACCCGACCCUCCUUUAUUUUCCUUCUCCAUCAACGCCACCACAGAACAAAAAGAAGGACAAGGCAACAACGAGGCAUCAUUAAUGGCCAGGGCCUCGUAGGCUCGGCCCAUGGGACGCCUUCGCUAUCGUCAGAACCGUCGACGUCGCCGCUGAUGGCUGGCCCCGGUCGCGGCCGAUAAGCCUGGAGCCUUGUACCUCGCGCACCGCCGGGAAGAGAACAAGGACGAAGAACGCCAUGAGAACGAUGGCGUUGACGAAGACGAUGUGGCGGGAGCUCAUAGCGCGCGGUUUCCUGCACGGCGCAAGCUUCUACAAUUAAACCGAUGACGAAGACAGGGAGAGGGUGACCAGUGAUAUAGGAAGGAAGGAAGCAGCAGCAGCAGCAGGCGAACGAGGUUUAGGCGUCAGUUGAUCUGCGUAUGCAAGCAGAAAGAGGCGCGGUUCAUAGGUGGGGGAGUUCGACGUUUAUUUAUGGAGCUCAACAUCUGCGUGCGUCCAUAGCGAGUUCAGAUGACGGUUUGGAGCGUGAAGUCAUGCGGUGGUUUGGCCGGUCAUACUGCAUGAUGAACGACCUACCACCACGUUGAGUUUUGACCUAUCGAUGCAUGGCUCUCAUGUUACCAGAUCUCGGCCGGAGGAGGAACGUACAA